CUAUUUGAUGUCAAUCCAUUGUUGAAAUAAAAAUUUAUGGGCGUUUUACUGAAGAGUAGUCCGUCCGUCGCACGAGAGGAAGUUGUCGAGGUUGUGUCUAGUGUCGAAUGACACCAAUGUGGGUGUCGAAUGACACUCCUCCCAGUAAAUGUCCGAUGAUUUUUAUCAACUUUAAAUAAUUCAAAACUGGUUCAGAAGUUUCCUUACUUACAAAAGGACAUCUGAACGUGUUUUAACCUAUUUAGUUUAUUUUCUAGCCACUUUUUAAGCUACUUUUAAGCUUUUUUUUAGAUUGGGAGAGAAGAGAAGAAUUCCUUCGGGAGUGUUUUGGAACUCAUGUGGAUUUAUUUAUGUUAUCUAUUUAUUUUUUUAUUUCUUUUUCACUAAUCUUGUCUGAACAAUCGCUCUGUCAGAUUUAGGAAUUCAUGAGUUUAAUGUCAAACUGAUAAUCAUUAAGUGAUAGGAUUAUUUACAGAUUUCUACACUAGGUUGUUUUGUAAUACUAUGAUCUAGAUUAGUUAACUAGAACCUAGAAUCAUAGGACAACCGAGAGACACAAGAGUGUAAUCGAAACAUGAAUCUUGUUGGACUAAAUACCUAUUCAUAGCGAGAGUUAGUCUAGGAUUUAGUUGAACACAUUAAUUUUUUUAUCUAAUGCAUGCUUGUUUGAUUCAUCAUAUCUGCAUCUGAUAGUUUAUCGCAGCGAGAGUUGAAUAACUUACUAUUGAAAUUCUAGUUCUAGAAUUGAACCUAAUAAAACACUUGACAUCUAUUGAUUUAGUGCAAUUCUCUCAAAUAGUCAUUUUUAAGUUUUAAAAAAAUAGCUUUUGAUAAAGAAAACGACCAAAAUAACUUCUUUUAUUUUGAAAAUUUUAAUUUUAAAUUUUUUAAAAUUUGAAACCCUAUCCUCAAAACUCCAUCCCUUAACUCUAAAACCGAAGUCUAGAUUAGUUAACUCUAGGGUAUAAAUGUAUAUUGACCUUUUAAUAAAAAAAAAUUUGGUCAUUUUUCUUAUUGAAAGCUAUUUUUGUGACAAAAACUUAAAAGGAAUAUCUUACAGAAUUUCUCAUUGAUUUAUGUUUUGAAUCAUCUGUUUGAUUUCUCUAGAUCUAGUGCUUAUCUAUUUGUUUCACAACCUAUGUAUUUACUGUUUUGUUUUAUUCUUUUCAUCUUUUUGAUUUAGCUUAGCUUGAAACCAUAAGUCUAUUGCGCGAUCCCCAAUCCUUGUGGAUUCUAUCCUAAGUACUACGAUGACAUUCUUAUUUGAGAGAAUUGCUUAAGGUUAAUAUGAGAAUAUCAUAGAGUAAAAAGAAUCAUCAAAGAAUUCAUUUGCUUUCGUUAAUGAGAUUGGCUUGACCAGUAUAUAGAUUUGUAUUAAAGUAGAAAGGACCGACUCAAGAACAAAAAAGAUCGAGAAAACGAUUUUCAUCUAUAAUUAAAAACCCCAUGAAUUGUCUUCGCAAAAGGGACAAGAAAUCAGUUAGGCUUGUUUCCUAAAUUUGUUCAUAUGUUAAAAUACAUAAUAACCAACUGCGAAAGUUUUGGAAUUUAAUUUUUAUAUAGUAAAACAUGUUAAAUACUCAUAUGAUUUUAUUUUUUCAUAUUUUUCUGAGUUAUAUACUAUUUUUAUUUUUUUUAUUUUCUUUAAUACAGGGGUAAUUAUGUCCAAAAUUAACAAAUUAAUGCAAAAGUAUAAAUAGACAAUUAUAUUCUCAAUAUAGACUAUUUGACCAAUUUCCCCAAAUAUAAAAUAGACAUUGAAGUUGACAAAAAAAAAUAGAUUUUGAAUUUUUUAACGUAUUGAAAAUAAAAAGAUAAAUUAAAGGCGGGACCGGUCCAUCAUCAUUGCCACUCCCCAACGCCUCUCUUUCUCGCAGCUACUCGCAGAAAAAUUGCUAAGUGUUGAUGAAAGUUCUUUCUCUCUAACUUUUUUCUAGUUUAUGUUAAGAUUUUAUGUUUAAGUUUUAAAAUAUUAGAUUUAGUGCUGUGAUUAUGAUUUGGGUUAAAAACUAGAUUUUCAAAAUUUACAUUUAAGGUUUAGGGGUUUAAAUUUAUUUAGGGGUUAGAGUUUAAAUAUCAACAAAAAUUUUGUGGCAAAUUCGUUGCUGUUUCAUAAAUAGUCACGAAAAAUACAUGACUAAAUCGUGACAACAUGACUAAAUAAUCACGAAAAAUACAUAACUAAAUCGUGGCAAAUCUCCUAGUUGCUGCUAGGAGAUGCACAUGGAGAAGCAUGUAUGUGGGGUUGGGGAGUUGGAUUAGGUGGUUGGCAAACCUCAAGUAUUGCGACUCCUUUAGCUUCACACAAAGCAGUGAGUUGUUGGAACAUCAAGUUAACAAUUCCAGUCUGAUUUAUCACAUCCCUCUCCAAACGAGUUUGACGAGGAAAAACCACAGUCGGUGGAUUAAUAUGAUCGUAAUUCUCAACAAUUAGUAUAUGUGAAAAAUCUUAAACCAACAUAUGUGUCUAACCAUUAGUUUUAUUACACUACUAGUGUUAUUUUUUAAUAUAUGUGUAUUAAAAAAUUAUCUUAAAACAUAAAUGGUAUUUACAUUGAAAAAUUAAUCGAUAAUCUAACAUUCUAUAUAUAUAUAUAUACACAAAAUAUUCUAAUUUUUAUUAUUUUGAUGAUUUAUACAUAGUAUUGUGUCAAAGCAAGGACAUUAAUGAUAUUUAGUAAUAAAAACGAUUGUAGCUAGUCGUUGCUAAAUGGAACAUUUAUAACAACCAAUUAUCUCUAGAUAAUGGGUAACUAUUUAGCUGUAGACCACCAACGGAAUCCGUAUCUAUAUAGAUACGGAUUGCUAUAGUUAACCACAUAUUUAGCUACAAAAUUAAAACGAUGUGUUUUGUCACUAUAUGUGUAGUUAAAAAACCUGGCUACGAAAAUGUCUUUGCCAAUCCGUAACUAAUUUAAUGAAUUCUUGUAGUGUCUUGGUUGUGGCGCCGGCCCUUAAACAAAGCCGAUGCACCCGCUUGCGGCCGUUGGUUUUAUUAAUUAAAUUCGGCCACACCUUACAAAUAAUUUCUUUAGUCUAGUGGUUAACAGGUAUAUCCACUCUUUGUUCAGAUCAAGGGUUCCAUGCAUGGUCACAAUUUCAACUUCUUAUUUUCUUUAUGUUCUUCUUUUCUUCAAAGACUUAAAGAGUGGCCACAUUUUUUUUUUGGUUGCAUCCAGCCUUUCAAAUUCUAGGACUGGUCUGCUUGGUUGACAACGAAGUUUGGUGAGCAAAGUUUCCUUCUUAUUAAUUUAAUGUUCGGUUUCUUUAAUAUGUACUUUCAUCCAGCUUGAAAACAUUUCAAAAUCUCUUUGUCCUCACAUUAUGAUAUGUUUCUUUUUGAGAUAGAAAAAAGGGUUUUGUUUGAUCCGUCUCAAAAUCAUGGGUAUUUGCAUGAGUGUUCAGAUUAAAGCUGAGAGUCCAAGUAACACAGGUGCGAGUCCGAAGUAUAUGAGCUCAGAGGCAAAUGAUACACAAAGCAUGGGAAGCAAAUGCUCUUCUGUGUCUGUCAGAACAAGCCCUCGAACCGAAGGAGAGAUCUUGCAAUCUCCAAACCUAAAAUGUUUCAGCUUUGCUGAGCUCAAAGCAGCAACUAGGAAUUUCAGACUAGACAGUGUUCUUGGUGAAGGUGGAUUCGGUUGCGUCUUUAAAGGAUGGAUUGAUGAGGAAUCUCUCACUGCAUCUAAACCGGGAACCGGAAUGGUUAUUGCUGUCAAAAGACUCAACAAAGAGGGUUGGCAAGGUCAUCAAGAAUGGCUGGCGGAAGUGAAUUACUUGGGGAGGCUUUCUCAUCCUAAUCUUGUGAAACUCAUCGGUUACUGCUUAGAGGAUGAACAUCAUCUUCUUGUGUAUGAGUUCAUGCCUUGUGGAAGUUUAGAGAAUCAUUUAUUCAGAAGAGGUUCCUACUUCGAACCGUUAUCUUGGAAUCUUCGGUUGAAAAUUGCUCUUGGUUGUGCGAAAGGUCUAGCUUUUCUUCACAGUGCCGAGACGCAAGUCAUAUACCGUGACUUCAAAACCUCUAAUAUACUUCUUGAUUCGAACUACAAUGCUAAGCUAUCUGACUUCGGUUUGGCUAAAGACGGUCCAACAGGUGAUAAUAGCCAUGUCUCUACAAGGGUCAUAGGUACCUAUGGAUACGUAGACCCUGGUUACCUUUUGAACGGUCAUUUAACAACCAAGAGUGAUGUCUAUAGCUACGGUGUUGUGCUUUUGGAGAUGUUGUCUGGACGUAAAGUUGUGGACAGUAAUCGUCCCCCGAGAGAGCAAAAACUAGUGGAUUGGGCAAAACCAUUACUUGCAAACAAGAAGAAGGUUUCACGAGUUAUCGAUAACCGUAUCCGAGAUCAAAUCUCAGUGAAAGAAGCACAUAAAGUAGCUACUCAAGUGUUCAGAUGUCUCGACGUUGACAAAAACCAGAGGCCAAACAUGACCGAGAUUGUUUUUCACCUCGAAAACAUCCAAGCUUCGCGUGAAGCAGGAGGAAAUAAGACCGAGAAAAGAAUGCGUAGGAGAAGAGACAGUUUUGCUCAACAAACCGGUGUGGGCGGGAUAGCAACUGCUUAUCCACGUCCGUCUGCUUCGCCUCUGUUUGUCUGAGAAGGAAACGAUGAUGUUCUGCUCUGUUUAGUUCAGAUGUACAGUUUUGGUUCGGCUUAUGCACCCAAGGGAUUCAAGUUCAUUGCUCGUCAGAGAUUUGACAAUUGAUCUUUGGUGUGAGAGUUGUUUAACAUAAAGUAUAAAUGAUCUCUCAUGUCUUCAACUUCAAGCUUUGUCAUAUUAUGCACGACAAGGGGAACAAAGAAAUACUUUCAUAUA